AUAAUGGGUUCGUCCGAGGUUUCACUUCCGCGGUGUGUAUUUUUCGGUAGCGGUGUUAUUAAGCAAAAUGCCGGAAGGAUUGGACGAGUUCGCUACCAAAUACAAAGUCCACAGUGAGUCCCUGGCAUAUCUGGAGAUUCAGCAAGCUGGCGGAACCGACAUCACAGACGAUUCUAUCCCACUGGACGACAGGAGAAGGAAAGCAGCUGAGUCGUCAUCCAAGUUGAUCAACGAUGCCGACGAGUUCGCCGGCACUGUGAAGGAGUUCAGGGUUCCUUCAGCCGCCUUGCCAGAUGGGAUCCCCAUUGAUGUGAUCAAACCACGAAACUGCAACACCAAUCCCAUCAUCCUGGUGUACUUCAAUGGAGGGGGCAUGGUGUUCGGGUCAAAGGAGUCGGACAGGCCAAUCUGCCAGGUACUGGCUAGAGACAUUCCGUGUGUGGUUGUGAACGUGGAAUAUCGACUGGCCCCAGAAAACAAGUUCCCAGCAGCCUUUGAGGAUGGGAAGAAUGUUCUGCGAUGGGUGAUGAUGAACAAGGCUCUCAUAGGUGGCACCAAUGACAGCAAGAUCGGUGUGGUUGGCUGCAGUGCUGGCGGGACAAUAGCUGCUACCCUGUGCCAUGAAGUGACGAAGGGGAUUGCGUUCCAGGUGCUGGUGUACCCGUGGCUCGACCUGAGAUGUGAGCAGCCAUCUUGUACAGAAUUUGAAAAUGGCCCAAUUUUGACAGUUGACAUCCUUAGAUGGUCUGUAGACAAAUUUGUGAAAACUCCAGAAGAGGUAGAAAACCCACGAGCAUCACCACUGCUUCGUGAGAGCUUCACAUGUCUCCCACCCACUCUCCUACUUCUAGCAGAGUUCGAUCCACUCCGUGACCAGGCAUAUGAUUACAAGCGCAAAAUCAAGGAAGCUGGAAUUGAUGCAGAGAGUCUGAUGAUUAAAGGAUCUCUCCAUGGGUUCUUCUCUAAGCCUGGACACUUCAAAGAUCUGGGACUAAAAGCCAGGGAAAAGAUGUUUGCAUUUAUUAAAAAAAGAGUAGCAUCGUCAUGAUUGCUUUGAAGAUUACCAUAGAAAUGAUGUUUGCUCACAGCCCAACCAGGAUUUAGCAAACACUGCAUUCAAAAUUGAAGUUUUUGCACAGUAGUAGCAGCAAAGUAGAACACCAGCAUAAACAAUCCAUCCAUUUUAUGUAGGUGAAAGAAGUGGUGCAGAAGACUGUAUCUAAGCUGGGAUUUUUUUAGAGGAUAUCUUCUUUACAACUUACAAUUAAUGUAGAGUGCUGAUUUGGAUGUCCAUAUGAGGACUAUUUCAAUAUUUUUUUGCAUUCCUACAAUAUAAAAUAUUAAUUAGUUUUCUUUAGUCUGACUGGAACUUACGUAAGUAAAAUAUAUGGAAUAAAAAAAUUAAAAAUAUCUAGUAUCUAAUCUUAUUUAAUAAUAAGUAAGAAGUAUAUUAUCACAAUUUUGUUCCUCAGAAUUUAUUCAAUGGGGGUGUGGAUUUGGAUAUAAUCUGACUGGAUGCUGGUUUUGUGUUUUUAAAUGGCAACAUGAAUUGUUUUGGAAGACAGAAAGAUUUUGAUAGUCCUUUUUGUAGACGUAAAUAUCUUAUAUUUAAUGAGUCACAUUUUGGAAGAAUAUUAUACGGUUAUUAACACAAGGCCAGUUCUUGAUAGAGAGAAUGCUUUACACUGAGUCUAUCGAAGGCUUACACGAUGCUACUAUGAUGACAAUGCGUACAUGUAUUUGUUUUGUAUGGAGGACUGAUGGAAUACACAUAGGUAUAUUGGAACAAAGCUGACGAAAAAGAGUUGUGUCUACAUUUAUAAAUGUUCCCUUCCACUUCUUUUUAUAGCCUUUGUUCAUUUCUUUCGCAUUUUUUAACAGUUAACUUUUAAACAUCCAAUUUGUAGGCAAACUUGAUUCUGUAUAUGAAGAUUUUUAGAUGAAGCUAAGGCUAAAAAAAAUAAUAGUCUUGGUUCUCAGGCACCGCCCGCAUCAUCAUAAAGUCUGGCGUACGUUUCGUUUUCACUUCCAUUUAAAAAAAAUAAAAUCCUAAAUAAAAGCAUGUAGUUUCUUCCCUUUACCUGUACACUGCUUUACUGCGCAUCUCGUAUUAUGGUCAUGGCAGCAAUAAGAGUUUAUGUGCUUGUUAAUGUAAGGAAGCCCAUUCCCAGGUUGAUGGUACACAACUGUUUAUUUGGUUACAUACUAGUUUGAACAAACAAGAAACAAAAAAACACCGCCCACACUAUAUUUUCAAAAGUCAUUGCCUGAGAACCAGUUCUUUUAUUUUGACCCUAAGUAGACCAAAUAAGGAAACAGUUAAAGGAAAUUAAGUACUUUGAAAAGCCUGUAGGAGAAAGCAAAUGUAGAUUGAAAGUUUGAGGUUUACUUUAAGAAUAUACUUCUGUAUUUAGGCAUAUUAUGAUGUCAAUCUCAUUAAACCAGACCUUAGUUCUCGCUACCACUAAACAAAGAUCUGAAGACAUCCCAUUAGGGGUCACGUCAGAACGACCUUUCAUCCGACCAAUCAGUGCAUC